UAAACCUUUCCGUUUGCAAUAGUGCUUUUUAUCAGUCAAUUCAACGGUUGAGCGCUCACUCGAAAUUGUGCUUAAAAAUUUAAUUUAAUGGAAAAAUGAAUCAAUGUCGCUACGAUGCUGAAGUGUUUUUACAUAUUGAUUUGGAUAGCUGUUUUCAGGUUAUGUAACACAAGUCACCGAAAGAUGGGACUUGGUAAUGAAAGUAUUUUAGGGAAGAAAUACCUCGUAUAUUUUGUAAAGUCUCCAUUUUCAAAAGUCGAGGAUGAUGCCUGGAUAUGUGCAGGAGCCAUAGUUUCACCAACACAAAUACUGACGGCAGCCGCCUGUCUCGUUGAUGUGGACAGAAUAUACGCAAUAGCUGGCUACAAGAAAUACGUACACGGUACUGAUAUAGAAAACGAUGAAUGUACGAAACGAUGGAAGAAAAAGAUCGUCAAAGUUUCUGUUCCAAAAGAAUACAAUAUGGCUACAGACAAACAGCCAGAUUGGAUGAACAUAGACCUUGGCGUAGCUACAGUAGACGAACCUUAUAAUUUCACCGACAUAUAUCCAAGUAAUUGCUCAUAUGAACCACAAAGCAUAACCAUCAAUUAUGAAAAGAAAAAUGAAUUGGAAAAUAUCAGAGCAACAGCUUUAGGAUGGGGAGGUAUAAAAGAUAGACAGCCCAAAGAAUUAGCAAAACCGCAUAAGAAACCUCAAAUACUAAAAGAAGCAUCAACAAUUAUAAUUAAUAAGACAGUAUGCAUAGACUUAAUAAAGGGCAAUGUAUCAAAAGAAGUGCUUAAUGAAUACAUACUCUGUGCUUCUGGCAAUGGUAUGGUUGUUGAUGAAGGAGAAGAGACAUCAGUGGAUACAAGACCCUACGCCCCAGAUGAAUGCCCAUACAACUCAUCAGAGAGCGGUUGCGGAGACGCAUACUAUGAAGAGUUGAGAAGGCGACAGAAUGAGAAAAUUAAUGUUACCAUAGAACAACCAGAACUACAUAAAAACAGCAAUAACAAAACAAAUUCAAGAAGGACGCCGUUGAUAGAGACUUGUCAGAAUGAUCACGGAGGUCCACUAACCACGUGGAUUGGUACAGAGGAGAUGGUCUUGGGCGUGGCACUAAAUGGAAUAUCCAAUCCAAACUUUGAUUGUGUCGGUCCUAGAAUUUACGUCAGCACAGCAGAAACCGCCAAAAUAAUCAAAUGCCUUUUGGAAACGAAUGAAACAAAACGCAACAUCUGUAAUAACGAAAACAAAGAACAUCAAGUACACGAUAUAGAAAUAACAUGGCCUAAAGACAUGCCAACAAACUCAGGUAAAGGUGAUCACAAAAUAUCACCUUAUUUAAGGCAAGGAAAUGAAGAACAACCUCUACAUGUACGACCAACGAAAGACCUAGGACCCAUUGAUGAGCAUGGCAACGCACUACGAUCACCUCAAUUGGAAAUACCAGCCGAUCAAUUUUACAACCAACCGCCUUUACAAACAAGUACAGUAAACCCAUAUUACCAAUUACAAAAUCAACAGCCAAUUUUAGUGCCUCAAGCAAAUACGCAACAAUACGGAGAACAGCCUCAAGGUCAGAUGCAACAGUCAAUGGAUUUAAAUCAACAACAAUUCAAUGCAUUGAGUCAGUCUCAAGUUCCAGCUUAUAACCAACAACAGUCACCAGUAUAUGUCCAACCUCAAGCGGAAUCUUUGAAUCAACAACCGAUGGAAACGCAAAACCAACAAUCAGACCCUUUCAGUCAGCAACAGCCAUCGUCUUAUAACCAACAGUCAUUUGGCUCACAAAACCAGCAGCCAGUCGAAAUUUAUAAGCAACAACAAGCCCCAGCCUAUAAUAUUCAACAACCUGUAGAAUCAUUUAGUGAUCCACAAAUGGGCAAUUAUAAUCAACCACCAACAUUGUCACAAAAUCAAUCUCCUACUGACACAUUUAACCAACAGAUGUCGGCUAUUCAAAAUCAAGCUCCAAAAGAAGUUUUUAACCAACCCCCUCAAGACGUAUUUAGCCAGCCUGCGCAGGAAUCUUUUAAUCCACCUACAAUGGAAACAUUUAACAAACCCCAAACAGAACCACUUAGUUCAUCUAAUCAACCUCAAAUGGAUGGAUUAAGCAUUAUUCAGCCUAUAGGAUCACCUGAUCAAUUGCAAAUGGGAUCACCAGACCAACAACAAAAUAUGGGAUCACCAGACCAACAACAAAAUAUGGGAUCACCAGACCAACAACAAAAUAUGGGAUCACCAGACCAACAACAAAAUGUGGGAUCACCUGAUCAACAGCAAAUGGGAUCACCUGAUCAACAGCAAAUGGGACAGCCUAACCCACAGCAAAUGGAACAGCCUAACCAACAACAAAUGGGACAACUUAACCCACAGCAAAUCGGACAACCCAUCCCACAGCAAGUAGGUCAGCCUAACCAACAGCAAAUGGACUCGGUUAGCCAACCUCAGCUAAGCCCACCUGGCCCAGAGCCCGUGGAACAAUUUGGACAAUCUCAACCUUCAUUUAUUCAACCACAAAAUGGUAAUAACGUACCAGUAGAUCCAUAUAGUCAAUUGCAGAUGAAUUUAUAUAAGCAACCACAAACGGAAUCUGGAAAUCGGCCACUAGCAGAAGUAAAUAAUCAACCACAAGGAUCGUUUAAUAAUCAACAAUUAAACCCACCAUACAAUCCAAUGGAAACAGCAAUGAAUGCUCCUGUGCAGGGAGAUUCAUUCACCCAGCAGCAAACUGAUGCUUUUCAGCAGUCUCAAACACAAAGUAACAACCAAUAUGUAGAAUCAUUUCAAGUUCCACAGGCUCCACAGGUAGAACCAUUUAGUCAACAACAAGAUCCUUUAAAACCACCUCCAGUAUAUCCUUAUAAUCAACAGCAAGCCGACCCCUUGAAACAAAUUCCAACAAAUCAAUAUAUUCAACAACCAGUGGAUCAAUACAAACCACCUCAAAACCAAUUCUUGAAUCAGCAACCAGCAGAUUCUCAUGGCCAACAAAGAUCAGAUUCUUUCAAAUUAUCACAAACUGAUUCUUUGCAGACAGGACAAAUCAAUACAUUCAAUGUACCACAAAACAAUCCCUAUAAACCACAGCCUGAACAAUUGUACAAUCAACCUCAGGACCAAUUUAGAAAACCAGAGCCAAUGCAAGGACAGCAACUAAAAACACAACCCUUCAGCCAACAGCAAAAUUCUUUUGCACAAGCACCAUACAGGAAUCCUCAAAUAGAGGCAUUUAGGCCGCCACCAUCAGAAACAGAGGCAGACACGUAUAAUCCACUCGCUUUUCUGAAUCAGAAUGACGAAGAACCAUUCAAAGUAGACUCAUUUAAACCUCAACCCAUCGAACCAUACAAACAACUAAAUUCAGAGAUGUACAAUAAUAACCGACAAUCAUUCAAACCAGCACCGGUUGAACCCUACGAGCAACCACAUAGUAUACUACGUGAUAGAGGACAACCACGUUCACCUCAGUCUGCGCCGUCCAUGCAGCCAUUUAUCCAAUCAAAAAUACCAGCUUCAUCACCAACUUUUGAUGCAAGUCAUAUGCACAGUAUACUGCGGGAACGACCUCCAAAUGAUCCGGAGCCUCCUCGUAGUGAAACCCAAACUUUUGAGCAAAUUUAUUCCCAAUUCCGUGUGCCAGGGAGUGAUACAUCACAGCAGGGAGCCACGGAACAAACAUUUGAGGAAGUUUAUAGAAAUCUGCACGACGGCUCUGCUGACUUGCCUCAUGAAAUGCAGUUGGAAUCACGGUUUGACCAACCGUUUGAGCAGCAGUUAGAACAAACGAAUGAAAGUCCUAAGAUAUUGAGCAUGCCUCGGGCGGCUGAUGGAAACGACGAAAUUAAAGUGAGACCUCAAGAGCCCUUAGAGUUACCAGAUUACUCUUACGACGUCAGACGUCAAAAUGACAACGAUUCGAUUGUUACAAUAAAAUCAGAAACGACCUUAAGUCCCAGUAAUUAAGUCGAAUUGUUAUAUUAGGUUAGGUUAGUAAAUAACACCAGGAAUAAGAAACGAAUAAAAAUUACAUUUUCUUUAUUUUUAAUUUAAUUUAAAUAAAAUUAUU